AUGACCGGAAGACCCCUUAUCUUCUCUGAUAAGGAGAAUGCCGCCAAGGCUGUCCCCAAGGCAGGCUUUCUGAACUCAGAAAAUCAGUUUCCCCAAAGAAAAGCGCCCUUGGGAGCCAAGCCUACGCAAGGAAGACGUGUUCCUAUGGCCAGAGUGCCCUUGGGUGGAAAAGACCUGAAUAUGUUGGCUCCUGGCUUGAGCAGGUCGCAGUCUACCCUUAACACUAAGAACGUCCGACCCAAGGUGUUUUUGCCCAAACCCCCCGUCUUGUCCAAAGCAAACUCUUCCCUUGGCUUCACCCAUACUAGCACCAACUUCACAAAACCUGCCGUCGCAGUUGCGCACGAGGCACCCGUGGACACCCGUCCAACACUAAAAUUCACCAAUGAUACACAAUUGGGCCCCGAAAAAGCCAACCGUCUGGUCAACUUGAUACCCGAUACCCCUACAGACGAUCUUGUGAAGCAAGCAUCCGAACAUCUUCUUCCUGAUAGUCAGGCAUUAUCCUCCACCCUCACAGCUAAAACCAAAACCCUACAUGCUUCAAACAUCUAUAUCCAUGACAUCAACUACAACAAUGUUGACCCCGUUAAGAAAUUGAAAAGAUCCAGUUCCAGUUCCAUGGAUUCUGGCACUAACAAGGCCCAAAAGUUCAGCACAGACCGUUUGGAGAAAUUCAACCAAGAAUUGAUCGAAAACGACUAUAGUCUUGAAUAUGUUCCUAAAGAAGAGUCACCUAUUCCUUAUGUUCCCCUUGGGAUGGAAUCACUCGAUAACGAUGAUCUAAACUUCUUUUCCAAACCGCAUUUAACCAAAUCAUCGCAUAGCACUUUUGAACAACUCGACAAUGGAGUGAUGCUCAAGGAUCUCGAUACCAGUCUUUCUUUCGGAUAUGAAGAGGAGGUGUCCAAUGAUGGCCUCAACUACCCUAAAGUUCCGGAAACGACAGGAGAGGAUGAGCAAUUAGGAUUAAGCGUUGAUGAGUUGCACGAUCUAUUGGAUUAG